GCCAGGUGGGGAAAACCUGGUCACUCUUAUCCCGCACCGUUGAUAAACUUUUCAUUAUUUGUUUUUUGAAUUGUUAUAAACUAUAAUAUUAAUUACAUAUACAAGACCAAUAUGCUUGCGCGAAGCCUGCGGGUCGCCGCCCAGCGGAGUCGCAGUCUCCUGAUGCCCAGCCGGUCUGUGCUCGCACCGAGAACUCCCUUCUGCCAGCCGUUCAGCAAGGCCUACGACCAUGAUGGAAAGACAAAAGUGUCCAUAUUCAACACGGAAACGGAUCUGGGACUCAUGAUCACCGGCUACAGCCAAUACGGAUUUAGGUUGAACAACGACAUGGUCCUCAUUGGGCCCAUUAGCGUCUUUCCCAGAUCGGUUCUCUCGUGGAACGUCAACAGCUUCGAGGACAUCACCGAGGAUAGUCUCAGCCUGUUUCCCACCCUAGAACCGAAAAUUGAUGUUCUCAUCAUUGGCAUCGGCGACCAAGCUCCGCCACCGGCGCUCUCCAAACGGAUCAUAGAGUUCAUGAAGAAGUACAAGAUAAACGUAGAGGUCUUGCGCACGGAGCAAGCCUGCGCCACCUUCAACUUCCUGAAUGCCGAAAACCGGAUGGUGGCGUGCGCUUUGAUACCUCCGCUGCAUCUCACCUACAACGAAAACGAUAUUCUCCAGGCGAAGCUAAAGCAGAAGGAGCUGUACGAGACGGAUUAGAGUUGGCUUCCAGUUGUGUCUUGUUAGGAAUUAAAACGAAUUGUAAAUUCAGAUUUCUUUAUUCAUAAUAACGCAUAUUCAUAAGAGUAUAAAA